GUGGGAGUGUCGGUCCGUGGACGGGAAGAGGUGAUUAGACAUAUCCAUAGUUAAUCAAUUAGUUGCAACUGAAUCGGUAAUUAGAUUAAGGAGAUUACUGCAAAAAUGGUUAAAAAAUUGAAAGACGAGCAAAGGGAAUCUUUUCUGUAUGGUUCAGGACCAACAGAAGGUCUGAGUCAGAGUAAUUCUUCAUAUCUUACUUCUAAUGAAUCUAAUGUUAGAGGAUCCGGACAAGGUCAACCUUCAGGAUCAAUUAAUUCAUCUGUACCUAUACCUGGUACAACUACGGUAUUACCUGCUAUAACAGGACCUUCAAUAGGUACUAACCCUGUAGUAGGUUCUCAUUCUGGAACUACAGUUACCACACCUUUUGUAUAUAGUUCUCCAGGAAAUUAUCCUCCACCACAACAAUUAGGUAACUAUUCAUUACCUCAUGGGCCAAUGCAAUUAGUACCACCUAUUUCUUCAACACAACAUUUAGAUCAGAAUCAUCAUUUAGAUAGUUCUAAUAGAACUAGAAUGAGGGUUAGUAAAGCUUGUGAUAGGUGUAGAACUCAGAAGAUUAAAUGUUCAGCCUCAUUUCCUUGUGAACCAUGUAAAAGAAAUAAAAAGGAGUGUACAUAUUCUGCCAUAUAUAAUACUACUGUUUCUGGAUCUAAUUUGAAUGGAGGUUCAGCAGAAUUAAGAGAUAGUAGUCAAUUUCCUAUUAAUAAGAGACAAAGAGUGGCCGUAGAACCAUUUGGAUUACCAGUCGUUAGCAGGACUAAUGAAAGGGAAUAUAUAUCUCAUUUAGAAAAUAGAGUUCAUUAUCUUGAAAGUUUAUUAUCUACAUCAACCAAUGAAACUUUCAAACCUCCAUCAACAAAAGAGCCAGAGAAUCCCGAAUUAGAAAAGUUGUUGAUUAGUCCUAGUAGUAAAUGGAGAUUCCUGAGAAGACAUCAAAAUUUAUUAAUAAUAGAGUUAUGUAAGUCCAUGUAUGAGAAUCUAUCUGAAGAUCUGAAAAAGGAAGUUACCUUACCUAGAACUCAAUAUUUUGGUUGGAAUAUGUCGGGUUGUAAUUAUAUUAACUCUGAAGAAUUACCUAAAUUACCAGAUUUGGUUAUUUAUCCUGAUGAAUAUGUUGAGUAUUAUUUCAAAGAGAUUAAUCCAUUACUUGCCAUAUUACACGAAACGGUUUUCAAAGAACAAUAUAUGGCAUAUGAUAAGUUGCUUCGAGAGCAAUUUUCCCUUAAUAAGAAUGUUAAUGAUCGUGAUUCGAAGACUAAUCAGACUCGACUUUUCAGUGCUAUUUUAUAUUUAGUAUGUGCUUUAUCCAUUAGAUUUAUGGAAAUGCAAAAGCCCAAGGGUCCAUCUAUGGAAAAAUUAAAACUUGAAGAGAAAUUGUUUAGAUAUGGUUAUAAGGUUGUUUCAAUCUUAAGUUUUGAAUGGGAAUCCUUUGAAUUGAUUCAAAGUUGGUUGUUGAUUGCAUUAUAUUUACGUAUAAGUCAUCGUCAAACAUCUUCAUUCCAUGCUUUAGGUCAAGCUGUUACUAUGACUAAAGCUAUGGGUAUUGGUCAAGACAAUCCUAAACUUCAUGUUUCAACUCCUUAUGAAAGACUUAAGGCAAAGAGAAUUUUCUGGUGUGUUUAUACUUUUGAUAGAUUAUUUGGUUUGCAAACAGGAAGGUAUUCUGGAUUAAGAGAUGAAGAUUUGGCUCGACAAUUCCCUACAUUUGAUUUUCUUGAAGAAACUAAACGUGAUGAUUGGAUAACUUUACCCGCAUUUGCAUUAAUUCAUAUUGCAAGAAUUUCUAAUUUUGUACAUACAUCUGUUGAUGAUAAUCCUGAAUUAGUCAAAUAUCAACAGAUCAAUAAAGAGUUAGUUCAACUUCAUGAUUGGUUCAAUGUCAAUGGAUUUAGAAAUCUAUCAUUAUUUAGUAAAACAGCAGAACCCGAUGUUACUGGACAAAUGCAACAGAAACAAAGUGGGAAUGUGACUAUUAGUUCAUUAGUUAAGGUUCAAGUAAAAUUACAUUAUUAUGAUCUUGUAUUAUGUUUCCAUGGAAAGAUUUUAUUCAAUUAUAUUGGAAGAAGAAUUAGUAGCCAUGGACUUAAAAUUGAAAUGGUAUUGGACGCAUGUCACGGUAUUUUAGAAGUGUUAGAUAAGACUAAUAAGGCUGGAUUAUUAUAUACUCCAUGGUAUUUAGUGUUAUUAUUAUUAUUUAAUACUGGUGUGAAUGCUGUAACAUUAAUCAAUAGUGGUAUUUUUGUUGAUCAGGCUCGGGGGAUUUUAAAGGGAACUAUUCGAUUAUUGACAAUACUUAAGAAGUCACCCGUCCGUAAUGAACAAGGUAAAAUCAUCAUUAAGGAAAGAUUUAAGAUGGUUAAAGAAUGUCUUUGGGCAUUGAAGACGGCCAAUAGAAUAUUAUCAUUGAGAUUACAAGAGGAUAUAAAGGCAUUAGAUUCCAUAGGUACAGAUCAUGGAUCAUCUGAUGUAAACAAGGCUAAAUUCGUUCAAUUAGGAUUAAAUAAUGAAGUUCGGGAGGGAUCUUCUAAACAAUUAGAGAAUUCGAAAGAUGAGUUCAAUGAUGUAUUUGAAAAGCAAUUACAUAGAGGUGAAGAACCUAUUGAGUCAUCAUCUAACCAGAAUAAUAGUAAUAACAAUAAAAAUAUUAAUUCAGUUGAUAAUUCAACUCCUGGUUCAGAUAUUAAUAAUGGAGGGAUUGGAUCAGUUGAUAGUAAUGGACCUCGUGAUCCUAACAGUGCUAGUGCUGACGAUGUUGAUAACUUAUUUAGUAAUCUUAAAUGGUUCGAUCAGUGGAUGGACUUCAAUUAUGAUUUUUAAACAUUUAAAUUUAUUUUAUGGAUACUAAAUAGUAAUAAAUGAGACAUAUA